AUGAACGCGACGAAUAUCAUUCAUCCUCAGCGAGGACCUCGAAGUGAUGAUCCAGGGUUACAAGUGGUCCCUGGUUAUGAGAAACAAGUCGUUUCGAAUGACUACCCCAUUUAUCUCUACGGACCGGAGAGGCCAGAAAAGGUCGACGAAGAAGAGACAAAGACUCCGAAAACGACCUACUGCGGGCUGAGGCCGGCGGUCUUCUGGACGCUUCUUGUCAUCGCAUUACUGGUCGUCGUCGGGGGUGCAGUUGGUGGCGGGAUUGGGGGCACAAUUGCCAGUCGACACAGUGCGGAGCUAUCGUCACAAACAAGCAGUUCCUCUCCACCGAUAUCGUCCACAACUCCCCCUACAAUGUCGACGUCAAUGCUGUCCACUCCCCAUGACGUUCCAACCACAUUAUAUACUGUAACUGCUUCAAACACUUCAGUCUUGUUUCCGAUGACCAACACGCAAUCCAAUCCCACCGCCACCCCUGUCACGUCCGGAACGAGUGGGAUCGCCGAUAGCCCAUGCCCGGGCAAGAACUUGACCACGCUAGCAGGCUCCGAUGGGUCACUAUUUACCCUCUUGUGCGCGGUCGACUGGCCUAGCGGAAUACAAGCUUUGUCCGGCAAAGGAACAGUUCACGAUUUGACUCGUUUCACUCGAUAUACACUGCCGUCGUGCAUUGCAGACUGCGUCGACUGGAACGAUGACAGCUCUCAUACGUCUAAGUGUAAAGGCAUUGUCUACACAGCCAACUUGACGGCGGCAUUUGGGGGUGGACAAGACGGAAACUGUUUCCUGAAGAGUGCAGUUGGAACGUACUUUCCAAAUAGCGGCUUGUCCAUGGCUGCGGGGAUCAUGGGAGGAUAG